AACAAGCGCGGAAUCAUACAUCAGCGAACAAUAAGGGCGGGUAUACCGGCUAUAUAAACACAAAUACAGAUACAGAAUGAACAAACGAGUCAUUUCAUGCCGAAGUGUUUGUGUGGCGGAUCAGCACUGAAGUAUUUCUGACAUUGUCGGCUCACAGACGGAGAGAAGCAUGAACAAUACAGCGCUGUUAGCCUGGGGAGUGGCGGCCCUGAUGCUCCUGUCUGCUCAAGCGGCUCCAACAGGUGACUCCAAGGAGCAGAAAGAUAUCUUUGAAAUCAACCAAGAGGCGGGGUUGCUUGGACUGGCCUGUCCUGGCUUCAAGUGCGAUAAAGACUGCGACUUUGGAUACGACACCGACGCAGAUGGAUGCUUCGUCUGUAGCUGCAACCCAGAGGACAAAGAGGUGCUGUACCAGGGAGACAUGUUGUUGGACCGAAGAGGAAAGAACAGAGUCCUGCAUGGCGACAGCGGGAACCGUGGAUCCGUCGAAGGGAUGCAUUGGCCGAAAGUUAUUCCUUACGUCAUUCAUUAUUCAAUCGCACCGGGAUCGAGUGGAAGAAGCGCCAUUGAUGAAGCUAUCGCAGACUUCCACAAGUACACCUGUCUCCGCUUUACGCCAAGAACCAAUGAGGAGGCUUACAUCAAAUUUUACCAAGGCAGCGGGUGUUCCUCUCCAGUCGGCUACUCUGGAUAUGUCAACGAGAUCUCAAUUGGUCAAGGCUGUGGGUACAAAAGCAUAGUGAUCCACGAGAUCAUGCACUCGCUCGGCUUCUACCACGAGCAGUCCCGUCCAGACAGGGACGACUAUGUCGAAAUAGUGUGGGACAAUAUUGAAAGUGGGAUGAGGUACAACUUCGACAAACAAAGUAAUAUCGACUCGCUCGGGACUCCAUAUGACUACAGGUCCGUCAUGCACUACGGUGGGACCGCUUUCGGGAUUGGCCGUCCAGCGAGAGUCACCAUCAAGGCCAAGGACACCAGCAAGGAACAUGUGAUUGGCCAGCGAUCGGGGUUCAGCCAAAUCGACUUAGAACAGCUGAAUCUGCGCUACAAUUGUGAAGGAACAUAUCCAGCCCUUAUCUGUGAGGACGGGCGCAAGGAUCUCUGCCCAGACUUGAAAAGCUUCUGCGGUAGCAUCAAGCACAUGGCGUUCAUGAUGAAGUACUGCCUCAAGACUUGUGGCAUGUGCAGUGAUGUAGCUUCCACUGUGGCUUCCACUGUAGCUUCCACUGCCGCUUCCACUGCCGCUUCUACUGCAGCUUCCAUCUGCGAGGACAAGUACGCGGACUGUCCGCGCUGGAAACGCGAGUGCAGUAUCAACCGGUACAUGAAGAAGUACUGCGCCAAGACUUGCGGCACGUGUGGUGGCGGUGUAGCCCCCACUGCAGAACCGUGCCAGCGGGGAGACGGGGCGUCCUACCGAGGAACUGUCUCUGUGACCGACACAGGCAAGACGUGUCAGCGCUGGGACAGGCAGACACCUCAUGGACACAAGUACACACCUGCUAAUUAUCCUACAUCCGGACUGGAGGAGAACUACUGCCGGAAUCCGUCCGGCUGGAGCGAGGUCUGGUGUUACACCACGGACCCCGGCUCGAGAUGGGAGCGGUGUGACGUACCCGUCUGUGGUGGCAGCGGAUCUUCCCAUGCAGACCCCGCUGGAGAUCUCGCUGGAGCCCCUGCCGAAGGUCCCUGUGAGGACACGUACCGGAUGUGUCCCCGGCUGAAACGCCACUGCCGUGAUCCUAAGUACCAGGCCAUGGUGAAGCACUGCCCCAAGACGUGCGGCACCUGCGGCGGUGGCGAAGCUCCCGAUGCAGAGGCUCUCUGUGAGGAUAUGCACCCGACAUGUCCCCGUCGGAAGCGCCACUGUGGCAAGCAGCGUAUGCAGAAGCUCUGCCCCAAGACCUGCGGCAGGUGUGGACGUGCCCUCUAGCCAGUACCCGGCUGCCAUUGCUGAGUACCCCAGCUUCGUCGAGCAGACAUGUAAUAAACAAAGCCCACAUUAUCAUGAACAUCAUCAUCGUCGUCAUCAACAUCCUC